UUAGUUCCUGAAGACGACUCAAGUAGUAGAGCUGAAACAUUGAAGAAUAAAAUCCUUUUUUAUUUUGUACUAAGUCCUGUUGGUGCAGUUUAUUUUUCUAUUUAUACUUAUUGUUAGUUUUUACCAGCACACAGGCAUUGGAGUUUGUUUGACCGUGUGCACCGUCUCUAAUUUGCAUUUCUAUAUAGGGGCCUUCCCUUCUCCAGUUUGGGGGAGGUGGGCCUUGUACGGUGGCACCGGUGCUUUUUGUUUUUUGUCUUAGUUUAUCUAUUUUUGUCAAGCGCAUGUCGAGUGUGCGCUGUAUCCAUAAGAAUUGUUCAUAACAAAUAAAUGGUUUUUGCAAAUCACUAGAUUGACCCAUCAGAAGAUACUGGCUAUUAUGGAAGAGACACCACUAUAUGUGGAAAUGGAAACUACAGAAGAGUACAAUUUCUACCAGGAGGAAUUUGAAAGAACAUUCUGGGAUCCACCAUCUACGGCUACUACUGGACAGAACCUUUCACAAGUGCUCUCAGAUCCACUGAACACAGCAUUCUUGCCUGCAGUCUACAUUAUAGUGUUCAUCAUUGGCUUACCUAGCAACGGCAUUGCAUUGUGGGUCUUUUUUUUCAGAACAAAGAAGAAAAACCCUGCCAUGAUUUAUAUGGCCAACCUGGCACUGGCAGAUUUAAUGUUUGUCAUAUGGCUCCCUUUAAAAAUUGCAUAUCAUCUGAAUGGAAAUAACUGGAUUUAUGGAGAAGCUUUAUGCAAAGUUUUGAUUGUCUUCUUCUAUGGGAACAUGUAUUGCUCCAUUCUUUUCAUGACAUGUCUUAGUGUCCAGAGGUACUGGGCCAUCGUGAAACCCAUGUCCCACACAAGAAAGAAUACCAAACUUGCUUUCAUUGUUUCAAUUGCUAUAUGGGUGGUCAUUAUGCUGGGCACCAUUCCAUUGUACCUGAUUGACCUAACCUAUUAUUGGCCUCACCUUGGUAUAACAACCUGCUAUGAAGUCUUGCCACCGAAUGAAAUAAACUUUGACCUGUUCAAAUACGUAUUUGCUAUUGGCAUUGUAGCGUUCUUUCUUCCAGCCAUUAUUACUGCCGUGGUUUAUACGCUCAUGAUCAAAACUCUGACAGCAUCUAUCACAGAUGAAAGCAUUGGGAAGAAAAGAAAGCGAGCAAUAAGGCUGAUCAUUAUUGUACUGGUCAUGUAUCUUGUCUGCUUCCUCCCCAGUAACCUUCUGCUAGUGAUCCAUUAUGGGUCACAGGUCAAGUUAUCAAACAGCCUGUAUACCGCCUAUAUUUGGGCACUUUGUCCAUCUUCUUUAAACAGCUCUAUUGACCCUUUUGUCUACUAUUUUGUAUCAAAAGAUUUCAGGGACCAUGUUAAAAACAUGUUCCUUUGCAGAAGUGUACGGACUGUAGAGAGAAUGCGGAUCUAAUUUAGCUCAAUGAAGUACUCUC